AACUGCCUCCUUGUCCCUGUCCCGUGCUGGGUAGCGGGGAAAGUUCCCUGCUGCAGGUGGUGGACUUUGGCUCCUGCAGCUAAAGAGUAAAUUCCUUCUGGGCCUGAGGAAAGAGCCAGGCUGGUCUGGCUGCUGGGAACAACUGCAGCUGUUUUGGGAGUGUCCAUGGAAGGAGACCUGCUCUGUCUGCCUCUGACAUGCCUCUCUCCAGGCUCUUCAUCAAGGACCGCUCCAAGGCCGGCGGGCUGCCCAUGAAGAGCAAGAAGGCCUCCAGCUUCCACGAGUUUGCCCGCAGCACCAGCGACGCCUGGGACAUCGGCGACGACGAAGACGAGGACUUCUCCUCCUCCUCUUCCUCAUCCUCCUUGCAAACUCUGAACUCUAAAGUGGCCAAGGCCACGGCAGCGCAGGUCCUGGAGAACCACAGCAAGCUGCGGGCCAAGCCCGAGCGGUGCCAGCCUGCCCUCGGGGACCUGCCCACCAACUGCAAGGUCAUCAAGUCCAGCAGCGAGGCCCAGCUCUCCAGGACCUCUGAGGAGUCCUGUGUGCGGAGCCCCCUGCAGAAGCAGCAGUCCCUGCCCCUCCGGCCCGUCAUUCCCCUCGUGGCUCGAAUCUCUGACCAAAACGCCUCCGGGGCUCCCCCUAUGACCGUGCGGGAGAAAACGCGCCUGGAGAAGUUCCGGCAGCUCCUCUCCAGUCACAACACCGACCUGGAUGAGCUGAGGAAGUGCAGCUGGCCUGGUGUGCCCAGAGAGGUGCGGCCUGUGACGUGGAGACUGCUGUCAGGUUACCUCCCUGCCAACUCGGAGCGCCGCAAGCUGACCCUGCAGAGGAAGAGGGAGGAGUACUUUGGCUUCAUCCAGCAGUACUACGACUCCCGCAACGAGGAGCACCACCAGGACACCUACAGACAGAUCCACAUUGACAUUCCAAGGACCAACCCACUCAUUCCCCUCUUCCAGCAGCCCCUCGUCCAGGAGAUUUUUGAGAGAAUCCUGUUUAUCUGGGCCAUUCGCCACCCAGCCAGCGGCUAUGUGCAGGGCAUCAAUGACUUGGUCACCCCCUUCUUUGUUGUGUUCCUCUCUGAGCACGUUGAGGAGGAUGUGGAAAACUUUGAUGUGACAAACCUGUCCCAGGAUGUUUUACGGAGCAUCGAGGCCGACAGCUUUUGGUGCAUGAGCAAGCUGCUGGAUGGGAUUCAGGACAAUUACACCUUUGCACAGCCAGGGAUCCAGAAGAAAGUGAAAGCCCUGGAGGAGCUGGUCAGCCGGAUCGAUGAGCAGGUACAUAAUCACUUUAGGAAGUACGAGGUCGAGUACCUGCAGUUUGCCUUUCGCUGGAUGAACAACCUGCUGAUGAGGGAGCUGCCCCUGCGCUGCACCAUCCGCCUCUGGGACACCUACCAGUCAGAGCCAGAAGGAUUCUCCCAUUUCCACCUGUACGUCUGCGCUGCCUUCUUGAUCAAGUGGCGGAAGGAGAUCCUGGAUGAGGAAGACUUCCAAGGCCUUUUGAUGUUGCUACAAAACCUGCCCACGAUACACUGGGGUAACGAAGAGAUUGGGCUGCUGCUGGCUGAGGCCUACAGACUCAAGUACAUGUUUGCAGAUGCCCCAAACCAUUACCGCCGAUAGGUGCCCACACUGGCUCCUCUCUGCCGCGCCCGCCCCUUGUCCUGGCCCGAUCUGAUCACUGUGGCAUUUUUGUCAUCCCAGCUCCUUGGACACUCCAGCCAGCAGCUGCUCUUUGCUGUACAAAGCUCACCUGAACUCUUGUCUUAACUCUGAACGUGUGCCUGUCUGCCACUCCGUGCGCCUGGAUGUGCCAUUUUGAGGACUCUCAGUAUUUCACUCCGUGCUGGUGGCUCACGCCAGGAAGGGAGGCUUUGAGGGGCUCAGAGAGAACAUGGGGGAAGCUUUACAGAGAAACUGAGCCAGAGACCAAGCCCUCCUGUCCUCUCCACUCCCUGUCCUGGGCUUGUCUGGCUGGGACCACGUCAGCUUUGCUGCCUCCCGUUGCCCUGCAGCACCUGCCCCAUCUGCUCCCUCCUCUCUUCUGCCACCGUUUGCGCCAAGUCCCAGAUGAAAAUGCCUUAUAGAGACCUGCCUGGCCGCAGAAUCCUUCCCCACCAGGGUGGCAGGGCAAGAAGUUUCUCUCAGGGCCUCCCUUUGCUCCGAGGGGCCAGAGACCCCCCCCCAAGCACUUUGUGGGUUCACAAGAGAAUCCCUCGUGCCUGCCCUCCCUCCUCGUCUCCUUCCUCUUGGCCUACCUCUCCCCCAGGGCAGCAGGGCAGGCACGACGGGGCCACGAGCACUCCAUGCACACCCACCUGCAAUGCCAGCCUGGUGGAACUGCUGCUGACUGAUGUUCUGUGAGUACAGCCCCAUCCAGCUGUGGGGAAGGCACAGACGGGGGUGCUGGUAGGGGAGCAACAUCUCUCAAAAAACCUCCUGACAACGUCCCCACUCCUCCGAGGCGUUCUGUGUAUAUUGUGUUCUUGUGUAUAUGGGUCAAAGAUGUACAAUAUAUGUCUUUUCUUUGUA